CACUUAUUCAAUAGAAAAUUGAAUGUUAACAUGUACCCGUAAUUAUUGUUUCUGUUGACCGGAAUAUUCAGUUAAUAAGACUUAUCAUUACUCGCUGAAAAUAAUUUAACUUUAAAUGGUUCCAUAAGUAACUUUCGUUGUCAGUGAUAAUUAUCUGCUAACAGCGUGAUACUCGCACAAUGUCAUAACCUAGGUAUUUUAGUUUCAGUCAUUCAUUGCACGCACGACGAACAUUUAGUAUUAGAAGAAUAUAUAUUUAGAAAGUGUUUUCGCAACGAGUUCUAAGUGCAUCGAAAUGAUAAAAAUAAUUAUUUUGUUGAGUGUUGGCGCCAAAGCAAAAAUUAACCCUCAUGGACCUACCGUAGUCAGUGACUUCUCAAAUUGUGUUAGUGAAAUAAUUGAUACAAAUUUUAACCGUUCUAGUCUUCUGUAUUUUGUAAACACUUUGAACGUCAGCACGCCAGUGGCUGGAAUAAGGCACGGUAUCAUUAAAUCUGUGCACAAAAAACUAAGAUAUUCAGUAAAAAUAUCUUCACCUACAAAAAGAGACAAAGGGAUAUGUGUAAAUAUUGAAAACACAGCAACAGAAAAGAAUACUCAAUCAUUUAUGGAUCACUUCGAAGCUACAGCUCUAGCUGAAUACUUUGUUGUAAUCAUAGAAGAGUAUAAAGACUUCAGUUAUAUCGCAGCACGACUUAUUCGUGCUAGGAGUUGGAAUCCAAGUGCUUUAUUUAUUCUAGUAUAUUUCUCGAUAACCAAUUCGAAUGAUCAAAAUAUCAGACAUGCUGAAGAUAUGCUAUUGUGCCUUUUUAAAAAUAAUGUAAUAAACGCCGUUGUGAUUAUACCAGAAGCUAAUAAUGUCCGGAAGGCUAAUAUUUACAGUUGGCGGCCCUAUGAACCACCUAAAUUCUGUGGAUACUAUAAUGAAUCAAUAAGAAAUAGGCUGAUCCUGGAAAACAGUUGUGAAAGUGGCAAAUUGAAAUAUGCGAAAACAGUUUUUGAAUCCAAGAUUCCAAGGGACAUGAUGGGAUGUAGUUUGGAAGUGCUUGCUCUAGAACGACAGCCCUUUAUAAGUCGUAAUCCCUUGGACCCUAAUAUUGAAAGUCUAUUGAUUAAUCAGGUAGCAAAGCAAUACAACCUUACCCUGCGUCACAAAAUCCUGAAAGAUAAUCGCGGAGAGAAGUUAUUUCACGGUGACUGGGACGGAGCUCUGAAAGACUUAAUUGACAAAAGAGGCCAUCUUCUUUUAGGAGGCAUUUUUCCCGAUGACGAAGUUCAUGAAGAUUUCGAGUGUAGCUCAACUUACUUAGCCGACUCCUACACCUGGGUCGUUCCACGAGCAUUACCAAAACCGGCCUGGCUAUCUCUUUUUGCGAUAUUUCAGAAAACUGUAUGGUUGACCGUUAUAUCUGCUUUUGUAUUUAUUGCUUUAAGCUGGAUGAUAUUGGCUAAGCUGAGCAAGGAUCCAAGUUAUAGAACCAAUCUGGAUCAUUAUUUUAUUAACACGUGGAUAAGUAAUUUGGGAUUUUGUGCACAUUCACGACCGCUUACGAACAGUUUGCGUGUAUUUUUUGUCUUUAUAAACCUUUACUGCAUUUUACUACUAACUGCUUACCAAACAAAAUUAAUAGAUGUCUUGACGAACCCCAGUUUCGAAUAUCAGAUAUCUACCGUCGAGGAAUUGGUUGAAAGUGGCUUAAAAUUAGGCGGUUCUGAAGAAUUGCACGACCUAUUUGAGAAUUCAACUGACCCCAUUGAUCUUUAUUUUUUGGACAAGUGGAUCGAUACAUACGAUAUAAAAGACGCGUUAAGAGAUGUGGCAAUCCACAGGAACUUCUCUCUUUUGUGCAGCCGCUUGGAACUGGAGUAUGCGUCGGCUAUAGUACCAGAGUUGAGUGAUAAAUUCGGAAAUUAUAUGUAUUAUGCGUUCCCAACAAACGUCUUCACUGUUCCUUUAGAAACUGUAUCUUUGAAAGGUUUUCCGUUUAUGAAAGUAUUUUCUAGUGUUUUAACAAAUUUCCGACAAUAUGGCAUUAAUAAUGGAGUCGUAAAAUAUUUGAGAGGUUAUGUGUUAAGACAGCGAGCGCUACUCCUGGACAAAUUAGAUAGUGAAUACAGCAAAAGAGACGCUCUAUCUUUUCAAACUCUACAUAGUGGAUAUUUGGCCCUUAUUUUUGGAACCAUAUGUGGUACAUUUGUAUUUAUUGUGGAAAUUAUACUUAAUACAAAGUUUGUUAAGCAACUUAAAUUUCAGAAGAAGUUUGUUUAA